UAAAGGGCUUGAACAACAAACAGGAAAUGCCUGGCUGGCUGCUGUUGCUGCCUAAUACAGAAAGGGGACCAGAAGCAGCAACAGCAAGAAGCAGCACUGAGAAGUUAGCAGCCGCCUGGUGAACAAGAGAGCCCCGUUGCUACUCAACUUUGCAUUUCGGCUGCACGGUUUCUGUCCUAUCGCAGCCAUGGGCUCUUGCCCUGUCAGCAUCUCCGGUGUCGCUGUCCUAUGCUUGAUUCUGGCAGGCCUGCUGCAUCUGUCUCUGCAGUUUAAUGUUGAUGUGAAAGACACUAUGACCUUCAGUGGCCCAGUGGAGGAUAUGUUUGGAUAUACUGUUCAGCAAUUUGAAAAUGAAGAAGGAAAAUGGGUGCUGAUCGGUUCUCCCUUAUCUGGUCAACCUCAGAAGCGAACAGGAGAUGUCUAUAAAUGCCCUGUGGGAAAGAAACACGAUUCAUCUUGUGUGCCCCUGAACUUGCCAAAGAACAUAUCCAUUCCUCAAGUUAUAGAAGUAAAGGAGAACAUGACCCUUGGAACAACUUUAGUGACAAAUCCCAAAGGAGGAUUUUUGGCAUGUGGGCCUCUGUAUGCUUACAAAUGUGGAAGCCUGCAUUACACAACGGGCAUCUGUUCCAACGUCAGCUCCACUUUUGAAGUUGUAAACUCAGUUGCCCCAUCUGUGAAAGAGUGCCAGACAGAGUUGGACCUUGUCAUAGUUCUUGAUGGCUCUAACAGUAUCUACCCCUGGGACAGUGUCACGUUGUUUUUGAAUCGGCUGCUGCAAAAUAUGGAUAUAGGUCCACAACAAACUCAGGUUGGAAUUGUUCAAUAUGGAGAAAACGUAACACAUGAAUUUAACCUCAACACUUACACAACCACAGAAGAUGUGCUUACUGCAGCAAAUGCUAUUAUUCAGAGAAAAGGUCGGCAAACUAUGACAGCUCUUGGAAUUGAUACAGCAAGGAAGGAAGCUUUCACAGAAGCUCGUGGUGCACGCAGAGGGGUACGAAAAGUAAUGGUGGUUGUGACUGAUGGAGAAUCUCAUGACAGCUUUAAGUUACAAAAAGUGAUUGACGACUGCGAAAAUGAUGACAUACAGAGAUACGCAAUUGCUAUUCUUGGCUCCUACAACAGAGGGAAUCUAAGCACCGAGAAAUUUAUUGAGGAAAUAAAAUCAAUUGCAAGUAAGCCAACUGAAAAGCAUUUCUUCAAUGUCUCGGAUGAAUUUGCUCUGGUUAAUAUUGUGGAAGAUCUUGGAGAGAGAAUAUUUGCCCUGGAAGCAACAAAAGAUGAGCUGGCAGCCUCUUUUGAAAUGGAAAUGUCUCAAACUGGGUUCAGUGCACAUUACUCCCAGGACUGGAUCAUGCUCGGAGCAGUUGGAGCCUAUGAUUGGAAUGGGACUGUCAUCAUGCUGAAGAAUAUGACCUUUACUCCAAGAAAUGAUUCAUUCUCUAAGGCUUCAGAAGAAAAUGCCCCUCUUGCAGCUUAUUUAGGGUAUGCAGUAAAUUCUGCCUCAGUACCUGGAGAUGUUCUAUACAUUGCUGGCCAACCUCGAUAUAAUCACACUGGUCAAGUUAUCAUUUAUAGGAAGACAGAUGAAGAUAUCGAAAUAGUUCAGAGAUUAAGUGGAGAACAAAUUGGAUCCUAUUAUGGGAGUGUUAUCACAACUGCUGACAUCAACAAUGACACACUUACUGAUCUUCUUCUCGUGGGAGCACCUAUGUACAUGGGGACUGAAAAAGAAGAACAAGGCAAAGUGUAUGUGUAUUCUUUGAAUGAGACCAGGUUUGAAUAUCAGAUGAGCCUUGAGCCAGCCAAGCAAACGUGCUGUUCAGUACUGAGAGACCAAGGCUGCACAAAGCACAUGAAGAAUGAACCUUGUGGGGCUCGUUUUGGGACCUCAGUUGCUCCAGUAAAGGAUCUCAACCUUGAUGGGUUUAACGAUAUAGUCAUAGGAGCGCCUCUAGAAGACGAUCAUCGAGGAGCUGUGUAUAUUUAUCAUGGAAAUGGGAACACCAUAAGGAAAGAUUAUGCACAGCGCAUUGCCUCAGGUGGAGAUGGGGAAACAAUGAAAUUUUUCGGUCAGUCUAUCCAUGGCACAAUGGAUUUGAAUGGCGAUGGACUGACAGAUGUCACCAUUGGCGGCCUUGGAGGGGCAGCCCUCUUUUGGACGCGAGAUGUUGCUAAGAUAAAUGCUUCCAUGAAUUUCAUGCCCAGCAGAAUUAAUAUCCAGAAGAUAAACAAUGGCACACAAAGAAAAAAUGUGUCCAUCAACAGCACAAUCUGUUUUGAAGUCCGAUUGAAAUCAAAGGAAGAUACAAUUUAUGAAAGAGAUAUCCAGUACUGGCUCACACUGGAUGCACAAAGGAAGUCAUCUCGGAGUUUUUUCACAGGAACCCAAGAACGGAAGAUACAAAAAAAUAUCACAGUCAACGGGUCAGAAUGUAUUAAUCAUACCUUCUACAUGUUGAGCAAACCUGACUUUCGUGAUGCUGUGAAGAUUCUACUAGAGUUCAAUUUUUCUGACCCUGAAAGUGGCCCUAUUCUUGACACUGAGCUGCCCAACUCCAUAUACGAAUAUAUCCCAUUCACAAAAGAUUGUGGGAAAAAGGAGAAAUGCAUUACUGAUCUACAACUGACUGCUGAUGCAAGAUUAGAAAGAGACAGUUCUUCUGUGGUCAUCAUCAAGUCCAGCAAUUACAAAUUCCCAGUGCAUCUGCUUGUUAGGAAUAAAAAAGACAGUGCUUAUAAUACGAGAGUCAUAGUUCAAUAUCCUGCAAAUAUUAUUUUCGUUGGAACUGAGAAAAUACAAAAAGAUAGCUGUGAACUCGGGCAUAACAUCACCUGCAAAGUGGGUUAUCCCUUCCUAACACCUGGAGAAGAGAUUUCCUUCAAUAUAGCAUUCCAGUUCAAUGUAUCUUUUCUUCUGGAAAAUACUACUAUUCAAUUUUCUGUAACAAGUGACAGUGAAGAACUUGAUGAGACCCUUUUCGACAACAGAGGAAGCAUUACAAUACCAGUAAAAUAUGAAAGCGGAUUGGUGUUUUCAAGGGAUCCCAUAUCCACUCACAUCAUUAUUGCAGCAAAUGAGACUAUUCCUCCUAUUAUCAACACCACUGAGAAUAUUGGGGAUGAAAUCAACAUUAGCUAUUUGAUUGGAAAAGGUGAACAUUUUCCAAUGCCAGAACUUACACUACAAGUUUCAUUCCCUAACUUGACUUCAGUCCAAAACCCUAUUCUCUACUUAACUAGACUAUCAUUCACAGAGAAUGCAGCCUGCCAAACCAAUCACCCCAUAGAUCCGUUAAAGAUUGAUGCUGGUCAACCAACCAUGAUGUCAAGGAAAAGAGAGCCUCUAAAGGAUCCAGUUGUUGACUGUGACUCCUAUGACUGUACAUUUAUUAACUGUACUGUGGCCCCAUCCGAUGUAACUCAGGUGAACAUAUCUCUCCGACUAUGGAAACCUACCUUUAUAAAAGCAAGUAUUCACAGUUUAGAUAUUAUUGUAAGAGCAUUACUGAGGAGUGAAAAUUCAUCACUGAUCUUAAGAAAAGAGGAUGAAAAAAGAGAGAACACCAUUAAAAUUUCAAGAGAACUUCUUCCUGGCCGAGUCCCGUUAUGGGUUAUUCUGCUGAGUGUUUUUGCUGGACUUUUGAUUCUUACGCUACUUAUAUUUGCAUUGUGGAAGGCUGGAUUUUUCAACAGGCCAUUAAGGAAGAAAAUGGAGAAAUGAGGAGGAAAAUGACAACAAAGCAAACUGUAGCAAUUCUACAAUGAACUGCUCUCAGGUCUGCCUCAGAAAUGUGACCAGAAAAUGCAAAGAUAGCCACAAAGUUUCCUUGCACAUCAACACAGAAUAACCAAGGUGCCUAAUGUCAAAAAGGAAAGCAAACUAACUAAGCAAACUAACUGGAGCUCGAGUUGGAUAAGAGAAACAUAUUUUAAUUUUAUUUCUGGACACAGCCUGAAUUAGGAUUCAGUGCGGUGGAAGCAGAGGUGCUUUUGGACUUUGGUUUCUCGAGCAUCCAUUCUCAUGCCCCAGAGUGAUUUAUCUUGGGCGUUUGCUGCUUGAAGCAGUCAAAAAAUCUCCUGGGUUGAGUUAGAACAGGUCAUUUUCCCAGGGUAGUUCUUUGGAUCCUGGCUGACGUCUUUAAAAUUUUGUCUUUUUCAGUUAGCACAAGACUUUGAUUCCAGGCACACACAGCUGGAAGUACAUUAUAUUGAACAAAAUGGGUUUGGAACAAUCUUUUGGCAUGUGGGAGAAACAAGUCUAACUUGGUCUUUUUAUCAUCCCCAAAUGGGAAAGAAAUCAAGUAGUCAACAUUUGUAUUUUUAAAACGAGGUAAAAAUGUUAAAAAACUGGGUACUUCAGGGAGCUUAUUUUCCUUACCUUGGUCAGGUAUGCUUACAUAGUGUCAAUUUGAGCUGUACAUCUGAAACGGAAAAAACUUCACUUCCGUGGCCCCCAUGCAGCAGCUGUGUUCAAAUGUUACAGUGAAUGCAUGUACAGGCUGCACAUCUGUUUGCAAGAAAGAACCAACACACAUUCACUUUUCCAGUGACCAGGACCUAGAUAAAGUACAUCUUCAACUGUUGCCGGGUGGAGAGUUAGAAGCACCAAAUAAAC